AUGGGCAGGAAGUCGCGGUUGUUGGUGAUAGGUAAGUCCUGGGGAGGUGACGCAGCGACGGCAACGGAAAUCUUUGGUCGGACGGAUUCCCGAGGGGCUCUCGUGAUCGGCGGGUUCCAUGCUUUCCCCGAUCCCUCCGACCCCAGCUUUCCUGUCUGUCACCGUAUCUACUUCCCAUCCGGCCUUCCCGAGUCCAUCGCCAUCAUGUUUUAUUCUGGAAGUUUGCAGGAGGGUAUUGCUGAGGCUGUUGGCCAGGCGAAAGCCGUGGUUUGCUUUGUUCGAGAUGACAGCGAGACGAGCUCAACGUGGGAGAAUGACUAUUUCACGGAUAGCGAGUUCCUGCAACUCCUCGAAUCGAAAUCUGUCCUGUUGCAACUCACAAAGGAUAGUCAGGAAGCGGGCUUCUUGACUUCUUUCUGCCCCGUUACGAAGUUUCCCGCUGUCGUGGUCAUCAAGCAUGGAACCCUGCGAGAGUAUAUCAUUCCGGAUAUAGAGAAAGAGGGCUUUCAGGGGCGGUUGAGGGUUGCGAUUGAGGAUGCUCAGCCUCAGGCGCCGGCGCCGGCGCAGUCGAUAGGACAGAGUAGUUCUGCGGCAACGACACAUACGGCUGCGCCGGUUCCUGAAUCCGAACCGAUGACGGCAUCUACAUCGGCGCCUGUCUCUCCUGCUCCGGUGUCAGCGGCACCUCGGCCUCAACCCGUCGAGUCACCAAAAUCGCCCCAGCAGAAGGGAGACGAGGCAACGGCGGGAAACAAGACGCAGAAACAAGAGCCGUCUCAAUCACCUUCGACAAAAAGGACAAAGAAACCUGUACCUCUACCCCAGAAGAAGGAAUCUGCACCCGCUCCCAAGAUCACUGUCAAGAAGCAUGACAAACCCACAACAUCCUCACAAAGCCUAAGCGUCGACAUGCCAACCUCUCCUCCCCCAAAGCCAGAGACGGAGCAAGAGCCCGCACCUAAACCCCAGCCAACGCCCCCACGACAGUACCGUCUCCAAGUCCGACUCUUCGACGGAAGUUCCGUGCGCUCAAGCUUCACUCCUUCGCAGACCAUUCGCGGAGACGUACGCCCCUGGGUCGACAGCCAGCUGGAGGAGAAACGCCCCUACAACCUCAAACACAUCCUCACCCCUCUCCCAAACCGAACCCUCACCAUCGCCGAAGAGGAGCAAACGCUCGCGGAACUGGGUCUUGGCUCGACAGCGAAUCUCGUCAUGGUUCCGAUCAACACAUACACGGAAGCGUAUUCAACCUCCGGGGCUAGUCUCCCUGUCCGCGCCGUCUCGUCCGCCUACGGGCUUGUGUCAUCUGUUGUCGGGACCGCCACAGGCCUCGUCGGAUCCUUGCUUGGCUACGGCCAGCCAACACCAGCACCUCAGACGGCGCCGUCGACCGGAUCUGCUCAGCCCGGGACUUCGACCCCGACAGGCGCAGCGAGACCGCGCCCAACCGGGUCCGGGGGGCUUAAUAUCCGGACAUUACACGACCAGCGUGACGAGCGGGAUGACAGCCAGUUGUACAACGGGAAUCAGCUUAAUUUCCAGCCUCGACGGGAUGAAAACGGACGACCCUUGCAAUAA